GCCAAGCUUUGGAUACCCCCUACUAAUUCACCAAGUGAUUUAUUUCAUCAUUGCCCAUGGUCUACUGUGGGCGCCCAUCGGCCAGCUGCGCCCCGUGCCGCGCCAAGAAAAGGGGGGUGGGUGCCUGAUUUCUCCGCGUCGCAAGGCUGCAACUGACCAUGCCCCCUCCAGUGCGACAAGGCCGUCCCCGCCUGCGGACAGUGUACAUCUAUCUAUCUUUAUCUUUCCCAGUCACGAACAAACUAACCGGAUCCCGUAGGCCUUCGGACAGGCCAGAAAUGCCCUGGUUAUCGCGAUGUAUCCAUGCUCCGAGUCCGCGACGAGACGAGCCGGGUCAUUGAUCGUGCCCGUGCCUCCAAAACAUCCCGGAUGGUUGCAGCCUCAAACCGCCUGCCGCCAUCGACAAAGUCUUCUGUGCCAUCUGGGCUGUCGUCGGUGGGCGACACCAUCCCCCCCGACAGUUUCCACGUGGUAUCGAUUUUGUCCGGCCCGCCCGCGCCAUCGGAGAGUCUCCGCGAGCUAGGAACCAGCUAUUUCCUGGCCAACUACGUCCUAGCCGGCUCCGGGCCGUCAUCGGGCUUCCUCAGCUACACCAAGAACGUCCUCGCAGACGGGGUCGGGGAUCACGAGCUGGUCCAAGUGGCCAUUCGCGCCGUUGGCCUAGCCGGCAUAGCCAGCACCACGGGCACCGAUAGCAUUUUAUACCAGGCGCGCGCCAGCUACGCCGAUGCGAUCCGCCGGAUCAACGCAGCCCUCAUGGAUCCCCGCCAGGCUAGGAAAGACAGCACUAUUUUCGCGGUGAUGGCCCUCAGUCUAUUCGAGACCAUCACCUGCUCCGACUCCAACUCCAUGGAAGCAUGGCGGAAUCACAUCAACGGUGCGGCAAAUCUACUGAUGCACCGCGGCGCCACCCAGUUGAGAUCCCCCCAGGGCUUGAGAAUCUUCGGGGAAACCAUAUCCCACAUCAUCACCCUCUGCUCCCGCUACAACCAUCCCGUCCCUUCACCUCUGCGCCGCUUGCGGGUCGAGAUCGAGCGCCAAUUACCCCGCAAAAGCCCCUCCUGGAUUGUGGCCACGGCCCAUGUCGAUCUCCUGGACCUGCAACAGGCAAUAAAACCAGAACAAGACACCGCGUGUCUGCCCGAUGAAUGGGAGACGAUCCUCGCACAGGCUGUCGCGCUGGACCAGCGCCUCGACACGCUCAUCGCCGACCUGCCCACUCCCUGGCACUUCAAGAUCGUCAACGACCCGACAGCGAACCCCCGCGUUGUAUACCACGGCACCUACCACAUCUACUACAGCACCUGGAUCGCCAAGAUAUGGGAUGCGCUGCGCGCGUGUCGUAUCUUCGUCAACCAAGCCAUCUACUGCUUACUCCUCCGCGAGGCCGGCAUGUGGGCCCCGCACCUGGUCUCCCCGGACGGGGGCGUCUACGCGCCCCUCCUGCAGCAAGUAUCCGAUACGACGGCCGAAAUGCGCGACGGGAUCCUCGCGUCCGUGCCCCAGAUGACGGGCUUCGUGCAGCACGAUGUGGCGACCGGGGCCUCGUAUCUAGAUUGCAGUAGCGCCGGCAUGCCACGGCGUGUUCCCGCCUCCGGGCCUUAUUUCUUGCUCUGGUUCCUGUUCCUCGCGGGGAGUCUGCUGAUGAACCCGCCCGAGACGCGCGAUUGGGUCGUGGAUCGCCUGCGUGAGAUCCGCUCCGCUACGGGUAUCCAGAAGGCGGGCUACCUGGCGGAUCUGCUCGAGAAGUAUCACGGAUUUCGGAGUGUAGCGCUCCCGGCCAGCGUCUUUCUGAUUCCUCGAAUUUAAUUUAUUCCGUUUUUUGUCUUCACUCUGUCCCCUUUUCCUCCUAUGAAUGAAUGAAGCGGCGCUGUGGUAGUUGGGGCGAAACGUGGGUUCGAGUCCCCGCUGGUCUUCUCUCUUCCUGUUUGAGACUAGCCGUGAAUAAAAUACAGCAUUAUUAUUAUCUGUGGUAUUUUUCAACGGCGCUCUUGCGGAUGCUGCUGUGGGGCGUUAGGCUGGGAGCCUGCUAUGGAUCCAUGCGGAGAUCACGCCGGCUUUAUCCGGGUGGAGCCUACGGAUGGAUCUCCGCGCUAGUCCCAACAUGGUAUGCAUUCUGAACGGCAUCGUGCAUGCCUUCUUGGGACAGUGGGUCUUUUUUUUCAUCAUCGAUGCCUGGUGUGGCUUUUCUCAUGCUUUUUGUCAGAGUGGAUUAAGAUUUGCUAUUAUUGCAGCGCCUUCAGCUGUUAUAGACAGAUUGGAAU